AUGGACGAAGAUCAAGAGGAUACUAUCGUCUUGGGAGAAUUGCGGUCGGCUUCUCCUCCACCCGAUAAGAUUUCUUCUUUGCAUGAGAUUGUGUUUGUCCUUUUGGUCUGCCUUUGUCAGAUACUCACUCAAGCAGGUGUGGCUCAGACCAUUAAUCCCGUGAAGGAAAUUGGCAGCACUUUCGAUGUUCAGGAUGAACCUGGCAAGUUGUCGUGGUUUUCUGCGUCUUACUCACUUACCGUGGGAACGUUUAUUCUUAUUGCCGGUCGUUUGGGCGAUUUGUACGGCUACAAGCUCAUAUUCAAUGCUGGGUUCUUUGUUUUUGGCGUUUGGUCAUUGAUCGCCGGGUUUGCGGGCUUCACCAACUCUGACGUAUUUUUCAACAUCGCUAGAGCUCUUCAGGGCCUUGGUCCUGCGUUCGCCAUGCCCAAUGCUGUGGCGUUGCUCGGCCAUUAUUUCCCCAUGAGCAAGAAGAAGAUGAUUUACAUGGCACUGUACGGUGCUGUGGCGCCACUUGGAUUCGUCCUCGGGGCAAUCUUCUCAGGUAUUUUUGCACAGUUGGUGUGGUGGCCCUGGAUGUUCUGGGUCAAUGGUAUGGUAUGUUUCGGUGUGAUUGUGUUGCUGUACUUUUUCAUUCCACACAAUAUUGGCAGCAAGACAGAAGGUGCCUUUGAUUGGUGGGGCUCUAUUACUGGUGUUUCAGGGUUGAUCCUCAUCAACUUUGCCUGGAACCAAGGCCCAAACGUUGGUUGGGACGUUCCUUACAACUACAUUUUACUUAUAGUUGGGUUCCUUUUCAUGGGUGCUUUUUGUAUUGCUUCCAAAUAUGCAGCCAACCCUUUACUACCAAUGUCUUGUCUCAGGGGUGAAACAGGGUUUGUGUUGGGUUGCAUCGCCAGUGGGUGGUCUUGUUUCGGCAUUUGGUUGUACUACAGUUUCCGAUGGGCAGAGACUGUUGAUAACUUGCACCCUAUACUUAGCGCUGUACAGUUUUUGCCAGCUCCAUUCUGUGGCUUUUGUGCUGCUGGGCUCACAGUGUUCCUCUUGCGAAAAUCCUCUCUGUCUGUGGUGAUGGUUGUGGCUCUUUUGGCAUUUUUUGUGGGGAUUGUGCUCUUGGGCACCAGAGCAGAACACCAAAUAUACUGGGGCCAAAAGUUCUUCUCUAUCUUAAUUCAAAGCUUUGGGAUGGAUAUGAGUUUCCCUGCUGGCACAAUGAUUUUGUCGAGUGUCCUACCCAGGCAUCAGCAGGGCCUUGCUGGCUCAUUGGUAAGCACUUUUGUGAACUAUUCCAUUUCCAUUGGACUUGGUAUUGCAGGCACAGUUGAAUUCUAUACCACCAAGGAUUUGCCACCUGGCUACGAAACUACUGUAAAAGGGUAUCGUAAUGCAUUUUACAUUGGCAUGGGACUCGCAGGCCUCGGAGUGAUCCUUUCGGUGACCUUCUUAGCGCUUCAGUCGUUCGGCAAUCAAAGGAGGGAAAGCAGGUUUGUCGAAAGUGUUGACCUGCAAAGCGCUGCUGAGAAGAAAAGCGAAGAUGCCGUCUAG